CUUCAUGGUACUUGAUAACUCGUGUAUUACUUAAUUAUUCAAUUUAAUUGCUGAAGUUAUUCUGAUUCUGAAUAAUUUAUAAGAGCAUCCGAAGCAGCCUGAAACUCAAGAGAAUCGGUUUUGCUCUGCGAGUUUUGGCGGUGGCUGGCUAAGAUUCAAUAAUUGAUGGCGCCUUCGAAGCUCGCGAUUCUGUCAGUGCUUGUUGCCCUAGUUUUUAGGGUGAUUAGGGCUGAUGAUGUGCCCGUCGAGAGAGAGGUCAUCGGAUCCAACGGCCUCGAUUCCUCCGCUCUGAAGAUUGAAUUGGACCAACUCAAGUCUAAGAUCGAAUCACUUGAAUCCCUUGUUGAUGAGAAAACUCGAGAACUGAAAAGCAAGGAUGAGACAUUAUCACUGAAGGAGAAACUUGUUCAGGAGAAAUCUGAUAACAUUUUGUCUUUACAGAAAGAAUUGGCAUCGCUUCAGAAAAAAGAGACAUUGGAUGCUGCAGAGCAGGUGGGAAAGGCUCAUGCACGGGCUGGUGAACUUGAGCAGCAGGUUGAUAAGCUCCAGGAGGAGUCAGAAAGACAACAAAAGGAGAAAGAAGCCUUGGAAGCCCGGGCAAACGAGGCUGAGAAGAAGAUAAGCGACUUGAGAACUAAAUUGGAUGAACUUCAAAAGAUUAAUGAUGAACAGAAGAGCAAAAUUCGUAAAACUGAGCGUGCUCUUAAAGUUGCUGAGGAAGAAAUGGUGAGGGCAAAGUCUGAGUUCACUUCAAAAGUUAAAGAGCUGAGUGAGGUUCAUGGUGCAUGGCUUCCACCAUGGCUUUCUGUACAUUUAUUUCAUUGUCAGUCCUUAAUUGCAGCUCAUUGGAAUGAUCAUGGAAAACCUGCCAUGGAUUUUGCAAUUCAAAAGGCCCUUGAAAAGAAGGCCCAAGCUGAAAAGUGGGCUGAACCUCAUUUGGAUACCGUUAAAACUAAAUGGUUGCCGCCUUUAAAGGAACGGUGGGUAGUUUUCACAGCAAAUGUUGAGCCACAUGUGCAAUCAUUGAAGACAAAAACAAUUGAAGCGUAUGAAGCAUCAAAGACUGCGAUAACUCCACAUGUUAUCAGAGUUCAAGAGAUUGUUGACCCUUAUUUUCAGGAAACUAAGAAGUUCAGCAAGCCCUAUAUUGACCAGGUUGCCACUGUGGCCAAGCCACAUGUUGACAGUGUACGGCUAGUACUGAAACCCUAUACUAAGAAAAUUGUUCAUGCUUAUGGGAAGUUUCUAAAGUCUGCAACCACAUACCACCAUCAGGUCCAAGCCUCUGUGCGAGAAACACUGAAAAAACAUGAACUGACAAGACCUCUUGCAACUAAAGAGUUUGAAUGGUUUGCAGCAUCUGCAUUGUUGGCUCUACCCAUCAUCAUUUUGUUUAGAUUCUUUUCAGCCGUUUUCUGCAAAAAAGCUAGUAGGUCAGUACGACAUGCUCAUGCCCCUCACUCUCGUCGUAAGGGUAAACGUGGGCAUUCAGACAAGUAGAGUGCCACGGGUUGUCCACUGGUCCAUUCUCUUGUAGGGAAUAUAUUAGAUGGGUUUUGGUGCAUUUCAUACGGUCUUCUGGGGCAGUGAAGUAUCAUCUUUUCUUAACUAGUUCAGAAUUUUUUUGAAGCUCCAGCACGUUUCUUCUAUAUUGAUCAUUCCGGGGAAAAAAGUUAACAGAUCUUUCAUACUUAAUGGUUCGUCAUGGUGAUAAAUUGCAGAAUUUACAGUGCGGUGGGCAGUGUCUGUUAUUUAUGUUGUAAGAGAUGUAACCUUUUUUUUUUUUUUGGUUAAUUUUCUCUGGUUCACAGUUGAAAUGUCUCUUGCACAAGUCUCGUGUGUCUGUUAUAUUGGAAUUAUCUGUCCUUCCUAUACUUACUAAGAAUGGAUUUAUGCGGUGUUUCUCGGA